GUUGUCUCAGGGAUUAAAAUUUUCGUCGCGAGCUGUCAAAGUCAGAUUUUACCAACAAUCAAUAGAGACUAACAAGCAACGUAAAUUUCCAGCCUUGGCGUCCUUUUACUUACUGAUGGCUUUCUCUUGCAAAUUUAUGCCGGUGCAGUGUUUUGGCACCAAUCGUGGCAGCAGAGAGAAAUAUGAUUCCACGCAAUGUUCGGUUAGCGGAGACGGCUUAUCCCUGGCAAUGGUUGGAGAACCGGCAAAGUUCAUCCUACGAACUUCGGGUCCGGAUCUUCUUUACUUAGAGCUCCAAAUUACCCGAAUCGUGAAUAAAGGGAGUGAAACUUCGAUUUACUUCUCAGAGCCAAUUCCUGUCGAAUACGAAUGCUUGGGAGAAAAUAUUCACAGCGUGUGCUACUACCCAAAAGAAGUAGGAGAAUACCACGUGGCUGUCACAUGGAAGGGAAGUCACGUGACAGGAAGUCCAUUUGCUGUCAAGGUCGUUAAAAAAGUGACUUUCCCGGAUAUGGAUGACUUCAAAACAGAAGAACAAGAUAACAAGGAUGAGGUGUGGAAACUUAGAGACGACAUCAAGUCAUCAAGACGACAAAGGGAUAAUGGGGUUUAAGAUGUGUGGUACGGGUUUAAAUUUACUGGUUUACUGAAGUAAGGAGAGACAAAUCCCUACUGUGGAGCAGGUUUAAGAGAAUGAAAACAGUCAACAUGUUAUAGCUUUGAAUCUGGUAGCAAGGAAAACGAAAAGAAUCAGGAUAAAAAGAUGAAAUUUGUUGUUUUCAGCUGUAGCCGGAUUACAGAAACUCAUUAGCAUGGUCACGAAGUAGGCAAUUUUAUCAUCUGGUUUCUCGGCAAGAUAACUUAUGAGAAUACGUACAAAAAAAUAGGGCAUUAAAUCAUCGAUAUUUGUGCAG